AUGGAGAUCUUAAAACAAGCCAGUUCCCUCAAUCACGUCUUGGGCAACGAAGCAUCGCUCAAUCUGACAUCAUAUGUCGGAAUCUUCAACCACUUGAAAGAUAUUGCAACAAACGAUGUUUCCUCCAAAGCUGCUAGUCUCAACUUGAUUGAAAAAGCUUGGGCUUCGUGGUACCUCUACAUAAAUAACGAUGUUUUGGCCACAGGCCUUCUUUUUUUCGCAGUCCAUGAACUCACAUACUUCGGAAGAUGUUUGCCAUGGUACAUUAUCGACAACAUCCCUUACUUCAACAGAUGGAAGAUUCAACCUGACAAGAUUCCUACUAACCAGGAACAAUGGGAGUGCUUCAAAGCUGUUUUGAAGUCUCACUUUUUGGUUGAAGCCUUACCCAUUUGGUUGUUCCACCCAUUGUGCUCGAGUUUGAGUAUUUCCGUUGACGUGCCAUUUCCCUCACUUAAGAUUAUGGCAAUGCAAGUUGCUGUAUUUUUCUUCUGCGAAGAUUUGUGGCACUAUCUAUUCCACAGAUUAUUCCACUGGGGUUGGUUCUACAAGAACAUUCAUAAGCAACACCACAAGUAUGCCGCACCUUUCGGUUUUGCGGCAGAAUACGCCCACCCUGUUGAAGUUAUGUCGUUAGGUGUUGGCACUGUCGGAUUCCCAAUUCUUUAUGCAUUCUUGGCCAAGACUCACCCACAAUGGGAACUUCCAGAAUUACAUUUGUUCACCAUUACAUGCUGGAUUAUUUUGAGAUUGUUUCAAGCUGUGGAUUCUCACUCGGGAUAUGAUUUCCCUUGGUCAUUGAACCGCUUCCUUCCAUUCUGGGCCGGCGCCGCACAUCACGAUAAACAUCACCAUUACUUUAUUGGAAACUACGCAAGCUCGUUUACAUGGUUUGAUUUCUUCUUGGGUACUGAGUCCGGACCAGAUGCCAGGAAGCACCGUGAACGUAAGAGUAAAGAAAGCGCUGAAAGCUUUGCAAAGAAAAAUAUAUAG